AGCACGCGGUAACAAAAACAGUGCUGGGUAACUCUAAAGAAAUCAAUACUACAUUUAAGCAGCCCUGCUUUUUGUCUUUUCGGCUUCUUAGCUGUCAGUUAGAAACAAGCUUUGUAAAUAUAAAAUAUAAAAAUGAUUAAUAAUAACAAUAACGAGCAAUUAGAUCGAAAUCCAGGGGAAAUUUCUGAAGACAAUAACACUGGAAGCAACCAAAAUAGUGUUCAAGUGUUUGCAAUUGUUGAAGGCGUAAAUGAAGCUGAAAUGCCGACUGGUAAUGGAGAAAAUCGUCCGGAAGCGGCAUCAGCCGGUUCUACCACGUGUAAUACGUGUGGCAGCCGCACUACCAACCCAUCGGUCGCGAGUAAUUUGCGCAACUGCAACGUUCUCAAUGAUCCAAACGAGGGCAACAACGUAUCCAUUUAUAUUUCGCGCUCCAGUCAGCCACCGGUCGGGGAAUCAUCAUCUGUCGGACAUCAGGCAUCAGUGCCUCCAAUUGAGAUCAGUAUAAAUGUGUCCUAUGCUCCACCAAUUACCGUGGGCACAUCUGGUUAGUAUA